AUGCAUGAAAUUAAUUUGUUAGAAAAGAUUGACUCAAAUAAACGAGCUGAACUUCUUUUAAAAAUUUGGGAACCAGAUCAUACUUUUAAAUUUCCCAUAACUGGGAAUCGAAAAUUGAAAUUUCAACUUAACUGGUUAAGAAAAUGGUCUUGGUUAACAUAUUCAAAAUUGCUUGAUGGUGCAUUUUGCAAGUUUUGUGUUCUUUUUAAAAGAAACGAAGGUGGUCGUGGUAAUCAAAAGUUAGGCAAACUCGUUUUAGAAAAAUUUUCUAAUUGGAAAAAAGCAAUUGAGGAAUUUAACAAACAUGAAGGCCUGGCUUUGAGAGGCCAUAAUGAUUCAGGACCCAUAAGUUUACAAAAUUCUCAAAUUUAUAAUGAAGGUAAUUUUAGAGAAUUGUUAAGAUUUAAAGUUGAAGCUGGUGAUAAAAAUUUAGCCAAUCAUUUAGAGACAGCUCCACGUAAUGCGACAUACCUUAGUCCAGAAAUUCAAAAUGAAAUAAUUAAUACAUGUUCUAGUAUGAUCAUCGAACAACUCGUUUCUAGAAUUAAUAGUGCAAAAUGUUUCACAGUAUUGGCUGAUGAAACAACAGAUAUUUCUGGAAUUGAACAGUUCUCGUUAUGUGUUCGAUAUUUAGACAUGUUGAAAAAAGAGAUGAGAGAAGAUUUUUUAAAAUUCGUUCCUGUUCAUGAUGUUACCGGAAUAGGAUUAGCAACUUCUCUUUUGGAUAACUUAAAAGAAUUAGGGCUUGAGUUGAAGUAUCUACGUGGUCAGGGAUAUGAUGGUGCUGCCGCUAUGAGUGGGCACUUUAAUGGUGUCCAAGCUCAUGUAACCAAAAAUUACCCUCUUGCUCAUUAUAUUCAUUGUAGCUCCCAUAGUUUAAAUUUGGCGAUUUCGGAUGCUUGUAAUGUUCAGUCCAUUAGGAACUGCACAGGAACUAUUCAGAAAAUUUGUGUCUUCUUUAAAUAUCCCAAAAGAAAUAAUGUCUUAACAGAAUCAAUAUCUUCUAUAUGUCCUUCUUCAAAUGCUAAACGUUUAAAAUUACUUUGUCCUACUAGAUGGGUGGACCGUCAUGAUUCUAUAAUUAUUUUUCUUGAUUUAUUUGAUGCUAUUAUUGACGGCCUAACAAAAGUAUGUUCUUGGUUUGAUAAGGAUUCAUCAUCAGGAGCAUAUCAAACAAAUGUUCAAAAAAAUCGUUGCAAUGUACAAGAAAAUUCUCCUGAAGAUUACUUUAGGAUUUCUAUAUUUAUUCCAUUUAUUGAUAGUUUUAUAAAUGAACUAAAUGAGCGAUUUUUAUCUCAUAAAACUAUGCUUAAAAAUUUUACUUGUCUUCUACCUUCCUUAAAUGGAAAAUUUGAAGAAGAAAAUAUAAAACAACUAAUUGAAAUGUACCAAGAUGAUUUGAACUGCAAUAAAUUAGCUGCAGUCGGAGAAAUAAGAACUUGGCAACAAAAAUUUGUCCAGACACAAGUUUUUCCAAAAAAUGCACUUGACGCUCUUCAAGAAUGUAAUGAAACAAUUUUCCCAUCAACUUUUAAAUUACUUCAAAUCUUAGCUACCCUUCCAGUCACUACUGCCAGUAGUGAAAGGUCUUUUUCUACAUUGAAACGAUUAAAGACUUAUUUGCGGAACACAACUUGCGAAAAUAGAUUAAACGGUUUAGCACUUUUAAAUAUUUAUAGAGAAAUAGUAUUACAGCCGGAAGACAUUUUGAAUAUAUUAGCCUCAAAAACGAGAAAAAUACGUUUAUUGUAA